AUGCCUGGCGUCUGUGCCUCUUCUACUUCCCCACCACCCAUGAUCCUCACUUACUGCUACGCCUGGGACGUCGGGCGAUCAAGGUUCAGCACAGCAACAACAGCAUCACUCGCAUCAGCAUCAACACCAACAUCAACACCAGCAUCACCAACAUCAACAUCAGCAUCAAAAUCUACACAAUCAGCAUCAACAAUCCCAAUCACAGCAGUCAGCACAUCACCACCAUCAAAGUCAUGUAUCUGCGCCUGUCACAAAAGAAAAGGGAUGGACCAAUGAACUUGAAAAAAAUUGGUGCGGGUAUUAUUUAUGAAAAUCACUGAGAAAGAAAAAAUAAUAAAGAAUAAAGUUUAUUCC